AGCUCCAAUGCUAUCAAAGUUGCAGAUGUUCAAGUUGGUCCACAGUCUUUUGAGAAGAUAAGGCCAUUGGGAAAAGGUGAUUUUGGAAGGGUUUACCUCGUGCGUGAGAAGGCAACAAACAGGCUAUACGCUAUGAAGGUGUUGAGUAAGAAGGAGAUGAUCCAGAGAAACAAGAUCAAGAGGGCCUUGGCUGAACAAGAGAUUUUGGCAACUUCGAACCAUCCGUUCAUCGUCACAUUAUACCAUACGUUCCAAUCUGAGGACUAUCUCUACCUGUGUAUGGAGUACUGUAUGGGUGGUGAGUUCUUCAGGGCCUUACAGACGAGAAAGACUAAAUGCAUAUCUGAACAGGAUGCAAGAUUCUACGCUGCCGAGGUGACUGCUGCACUGGAAUAUCUACACCUCAUGGGAUUCAUUUAUAGAGAUCUGAAACCAGAGAAUAUCCUACUGCAUCAGUCAGGACAUAUUAUGCUUUCAGAUUUUGACUUGUCCAAACAGACAAGAAGCAUGAAGAAUCCAUCAAUGUCUACAGCCAACGCAACAAAUAAAACCUUGAUGACUUUGGAUACCAAAGCAUGCAUUGAUGGAUUCAGAACAAACUCAUUUGUCGGUACUGAAGAGUACAUUGCUCCGGAAGUUAUUAGGGGGACUGGUCAUACAGCAGCAGUUGACUGGUGGACCUUGGGUAUCUUGAUCUACGAGAUGCUUUUCGGAACGACUCCGUUCAAAGGUGCAAACCGUAAUCAAACAUUCUCGAAUAUUCUGAAAUCGGAUAUUGUUUUCCCAGACUCUCAGCAUAUAACAUCGCAGUGCAAGAACCUCAUCAAAAAGCUUCUAAUCAAAGAUGAAAACAAGAGAUUGGGUUCUAAAUUGGGGGCAUCUGACAUCAAGAAUCACCCGUUCUUCAAAAACGUACAAUGGGCACUGUUGAGAAAUCAAUCGCCUCCAAUGAUCCCUGUUUUAUCGAAGACAGGCGCUGAUUUCCACAGAAACAAGAAUAAAACAUCAUCAUCGAUCGAUAUUUCCAAAGAGGAAAGCAUUGAGCCGGAGGCUGAUGAAAAUAACCCAUUUGAAGGAUUCGAUUCAAUGACCCUAAUCCAUGAUGGAAACAAUUAC